AUGGCGACAGAAACAGUAAACCAUGUCGCUCCUCUCCUUGAAUCAGCCACCCCGUCAAUGAAGCCAGUCGAGAUUUCGUUCCCGCUGCCAAGAACGCCGCACACAAAUGUGCACAUCCAUCUCACUCUUAUGGCUAAAUCGACAAUGGUUUUCCUCUCUACAACAAACACUGGCGAUUCAAGCUCGACAUUGAAGCCGAUGGGAAGCUUUGUAUACGCUAUGCCUGAUCGCACAAAUAUCCGCUCAACAAUCUCCACAGCACUUUUCACAUCUCCGGGAAGCAUUGACUAUGCAACAAGGACUGCCAAAAUCCUUGCUCGUAGAAUGAAUAUUCCGGUGUAUGUCGGAUGCAAUAUUGAUCCAGUGCUUACAGAGUCAACUAUUGAAGAAGAGAUGGAAGGGUUUUCAAAAAUUAUCGAUACGAUCAUAAGGCAAUGGGAGAACCGGGAAUGA